AUGAGGAUCUUGGUAUGCUUGUUGCUCAUCUCCGCGGUGUUUGCCGAAGAGGCUGAAAAAAGCAAAGACAAAGCCGCGGUCCAGAAACGUGGCCUGACUGGUCUUGGCUGGGGUGGAUGGAGCGGACUGGGUCUGGGUGGAUGGGCCGGUGAUGUAGGACACGGAGGACAUGUCGCGGUCGCUGUUCAACAAAAGACUGUCGCGGUUCCAGUUCCGGUACCGCAACCGUACCCAGUCGCUGUAGACCGACCAGUCCCGGUUAAGGUGCCAGUUGCGGUCCCACAUCCAGUUCCGGUACCAGUUCCGGUUCUUAAGCCAUACCCAGUGGUCCAGACCCAGACCGUCCAUGUUCCAGUCGACAGACCAGUGCCAGUUUCGGUUCCAGUGAAGGUGGCAGUGCCUGUGCCCGCCCCGUACCCCGUGAAGGUCGCCGUGCCCCAACCUGUUGCGGUCCCGGUCCCCCAUGCAGUUCCAGUUCCGGUUCCACAGCCCGUCGUCGUUAAGGAAUCGGUUCCCGUUGUCGUUCAAGCUCACGGUCACGGUCUUGGAUACGGCGGACACUUCGCAAAACCACGACGCACCAAGUCCGAAUACUGCAGCACCAUGAACGCCAAGCUCUUCAUCGUUCUCGCCCUUGUGACGGUGGCUUUCGCCGAGGAGAAGAAGCCCCAAGCGGAGGAGCCGAAGAAGGACAAACGAGGAAUCUACGGUCUGGGAUACGGUCUGGACAAUGGCCUAGGUCUGGGAAGCAGCUUAGGACUGGGUGGAUACUCCAGCCUGCCAUCCAUCGGGAUCCAGCACGGUGUUUCGACAGUCGUGACCAAGGAAGUUGCUGUUCCCGUUCCGCAUCCGGUGGCCGUUCCCGUCGACAGACACGUCGCCGUCCCGGUUAAGGUUCCAGUGGCCGUUCCAGUCGAUCGCCCGUACCCUGUCCACGUCCCUAAACCCUACCCAGUGGAGGUGACCAGGAACGUUCCGGUUCCAGUCGACAGGCCAGUUCUCUACCCAGUCAACGUUCCAGUCAAGGUUGCAGUUCCAGCACCGUACGCCGUCAGGGUUCCCCAUCCGGUUCCAGUUCCAUUCGUAAAACACGUUCCGGUUCCGGUCGCACAGCCGAUCGUCGUCGAGAAACAAUACAGCGGCUGGGCACCAUCUUACUCUUCAUGGUAAACCAACAAGCAUCAUCGUGAACAACCGGGGAACCAAUUUUCGGUCAUAUCACAAUACGAAGCGACAUCGUUGGGUUCCACCGACAGAAAAAGUUCCUGGCGACGAAUCGUCUCGAUGUCGACUCGGUGGAAGAAUGAUCGAGGACGAUUCCGAACACUCCUGAUAGAUCAACCGUCAAACUACGAUCGCAAACACCAUUUCAUAUCUCGUUUUCGAGCAAUCAGUUCAUCAAAAAUGGCGAGUGAAUUGGUUCCCCUAACCCAGACCAGGAGACUGACGCCCCCACCUUCUGUUCUCGGUGUCCUCGAACGAUAUUCGACGGAUAUCCUUGAGAACCGAGUGAAUUGAAACGAGCGUAUCGCUACUGUGACAUUAGAUAUAAUUUUGUAAUUGUUUAAAUCCUUUUUUUUUUACGUAACUC